AUGGAGGAAGACCUUCCCAAACUUUUGGAAAAGUUCACCCUCACGGAAGAUGAAGAAUUGGAGCUGGAAAUUCCGGGAGAAAAGUUCCAGGAAUUGGCAUCACGGGGCAAAGCAUGCAUUGUGGGUAAACUGUUGACGGACAGAUUGGUUAGCAAAGAGAUAGUCAAGGAAUCACUGUCACGCUGGUGGAAACUUGUGGGUGGUCUAUCUUUCAAAGUUCUCGGAGACAAUCUCUUCCUAAUUGAUUUUACUAGCAACGAAGACAAGGAACGGGUCUUGGCUGGUACCCCUUGGGUGUUUGAAGGGAGUUUGUUUUUAAUUGAAGAUUUUGAUGGCACCUUUACUCCCUCUGAAUUCACGUUCGACCAUGCAGCUUUCUGGGUCCGGAUAGAAAAUUUACCUCUAGCCUGUAUGGGGCGUGAGAUAGGCCAAAUGAUUGGAGCCUCGGUAGGAGUGGUGGAAGCCAUUGAUACGGAUGGAGAUGGUAUUGGGUGGGGCGAAUCCCUACGUGUUAAGAUUCUUCUUGUUCUCACAAAACCCCUCCCCAGAGGACGGAAGAUUAAAAUCCAAGGAGCAGUCAGGUGGAUAUCUUUCCAAUAUGAGUGUUUACCGAAAAGGUUUUGCUACAACUGUGGGGUCAUCAUCCAUGGUAAGGCAGACUGUACUCGCCGAAGUUCAUUCCGCCAGCAAGAACAGGAAUAUGGCCCAUGGUUGCGGGCUGCCUCUCCAACCAGACUGCCCGACAGAAACCAAGGGAGAAAUGUUCCAAGGGGACAGAGCAGUCAAGGGAAUGCAAGGCGGGGUGAUCAUGAGAAAAACUGGGAGAGAGGCUACCAGCAAUCAGACGACCCACAUGUAGCAGACCCCAACGGGGAGGAAGGACGCGGCGCCGGCACUGAAUUUUCCAGGGAGAAUGUUAACCCUAGAUCCCAAACCAGCAAGGGCAGAGGAGAAUUUCAAGACAUACGGGCCACCAAAAAAGGAAAAUGGGAUGAGGAGGCACGUAAGCUCUCUUUGCAUGAUUCUCCAGGACACGUGGGUAGCAGGACUGUUCCUGGACUGGUUGAACAAUUUUUUAUGGGCCCAUGUGGAAUUAUAAGCAGCCCAGUGAACUCGCAGACUUUCCAAGGCCCGAUUUUUUCUGAGAUUGAAAAAACCAUGCAGGGGAAACGUGGGGGAAAAAAGAAGGAUAAGGGGGUUAUUGUGUCUGAUACAGUCUCCUGGAAACGUAAACUUGGUGAUGCUAUUGAUGCAGAGGACUUUAGCAAGAAUAACAACAGCCCAAAACACAAAAGGGAUGUUCAUGGUGAUCUCAAACCACGAGGGGAUAUACAGAGCGGGAAAACAACAACUUGUUUGGAGGUAACACAAAAUGGAUCGGGGAUGGCGGAGGCUAUUGAACAGCCCCGCCGACCACAAUGA